GUUUGUUUUAGUUGAUCUUAAAUGUGGUGAAAGGUUCGAAUCUUCCAAAAUGGGUUCUGAGGAUAAUGUCAAGAACUUUGAGAAGAUUGCAGUAGACCCACUGGAACCUCUUGUUCUUCGUCCACCUGUUGGGUCGGAAGUUUAUGGAUCACCUCCAUCAAGACGUACUAGUCGUAGCCGUCCUUUCAUAUUGGGUUCAUUAUUCGUCUUGUUCACAUUGUUAAUGAUUGCUAGUGUAUUUCUGCUGCUAUACAUCCUUGGUUAUAGACCGUUAACUUCACUUAAUCAUAAAGCAAAUGCACACAGAUCAAUUUGUCGCAUUCGUAUUCCAUUUUUAAAAAUAGAUCCUGUAGAAUCUAUUACGACAGAUGAUAAUUUCCUCAAUGUUACACUAUCUGAAGUACCUUACUACAAUGUGAUUCGUAUUUUGCAUCUGUUCUCUGAGGGCUUGACAGUGAUUAGAACAAAUAAGCAUUGCUACAUUAGACCGUUGAGAGCUGAAUUAAGAGGAUCUGGAAUUGAAGAUUAUCUGCGUCGACUAAAUGAUGGAAAUGACUUAAAGGAUUCGGUGGAGGGUUAUCCUGUUACAGAGCCUUGGUAUAUAGAUAGAGAUCCAUAUAAUACUAUUCAUAAUUCAUUGAUUAUGUCAUGGUGUGCUGGUGUACCAGCCUUUCGUCUAGUCUCAACAAGACCUCCAAUAAGUGAAUAUAAAGGAGAUAUAAUGCCUGCUAUGCCAGAUGAAUCAAUGAAACCGGGCAAUCCAGAUCCAUUCGUAGGUGAUUAUGAUAACAGUGAUCAGGCAGAUAUUCUGCGUAUCCUUCUACCUGGUUAGUCUUUGAAUAUAAAAUCUUCAUUAUUUUUUCCUGAAUUAGUAUUUCUUGAUUCUUAUGUUGAUCCUUCAUUUCUGUAAACUAGAUUAAAUUGACAAACGUCCACUUUCAUCUCUCCUUUUUUCGUAAACAUCACCACAUAAAAGCAGUGGGUAGAACUUGUCUAGAAGAGGCUAUAAACCCUCAGCCAUACGAUAACUUUGGGAGAGAGAGAGAAAAUUGGAUUUAUAUCGAAUAUCGUACCAGGGUACUUGGGGACAAGAACCAGAUAAAGAAUCUAUAAAUGCAGUGGUUGUUUUAUUCAACUUUUGUAACUCAUUUCCAUGCACAGAUUUUUGUACUUUGUCUCUAAGACACUUUUACUACGACACUCAGUAAUACCACCCAUCUAAAACUUGAUGUAUCAACAGUUGAAACCCUAAGUAUCUUAAUCACUUAGUUACUGUGCCAACCUGAAAAGAACAAUAAUAAUAACAACAACUUACCAAUACUCCACAGUAGAAACAAAUAACAAUUCUAUCUAUCUAUUUUCCGAUUGUCUAAUUGAUGUUAGGCAUUGUCAAAUCAUUUUGUACAAUUAAUUUAUAAAAUAGUGUACAAACAUUAGAGAUUAUUAAAAUCCAACAUGAUGUAUGAUAAAUAUUGAUAUUUUAUGUUUAUACCCUAUUUCUAUUUAGUUACUAUGCAUUGUAACGUGUCGACUGCCGAUUAGAUGUGCAGCAUAUUUAUCGACCGGAUCAAUGACACGUAAAACACGCACGAACGACCUAGAGUCCCGAUUGGCCCUGUUUCGCUGUCUAGCCCAGCCAGUUGAGUCCAGAACACAAGUCACAGCCUCUGAGACAUGAAUCGUUUAUAUACCAACCAAACAGACCAUAUCGUACCAUAAAAAUAGAAAACAACAUUUAUGCAAUAUUUAACAAAUGAAAUAAAUAUUGACCAAUAGGGAAUGUCCAUUUAAAGUCCAAGGGGGCACUAUUAGACUUAACAUGAUAAUGAUUGGUGUAUUUUUCCGAGUAUCCCAACACUAUAUCGUGAAAAUAUUCGUCGAGUACGUAGUGUGGACUUGACCCCAGAGAUGCCAGAUAAAUCAAGAAAAUUAACGAAAUCAGACAGUUCCAAAUGUGAAAUUGUAGAUGUUCUUCUAGAAGAUGCCACAAUCACAUCAACACGUGAUAAUCAUCCUGUGUCAGUGCUACGUGAUGUAAUCAUGUCUUGUUCUUAAAUUCUAAUCAAGACAAAGAAGUCAUGCUCUAAGUUUUGGAAAUCAAUCUGCUUAUUACAUUUUUUUUGUUCUCUCUUCGUAUAGCAUGAAUUGCUUAUCUUUUUGAUUUGGAAACUUACUCAUUUGAUGACAUUGACAUGAACACAGUUGAUUUUGAUUACUGAACUACUGUAAUCAAUCAUGAAUUGCAUUUCUACUGGCGAUAAUAAUAACAAUAAUAAUGAUUGAUUUCUUGAAUACAUUAUUGGAUUGAUCAUUUAUUGUUUGUCGUUUAUAUUCGUAUAAUAAUAAUCAUAUAUUCAUCAGUAACAUUAUUAUUGUUGUUUUUUCAAUUAUACUACUUAUAAUGUUAUAAUAGUAGACAUACAUACCUACGUAUGAACAUUUGCAUUUCUAAUCAUUAUUAUCAUUUCUUUAAUGGUAUUUUUUAAUAAUCAUUCAUAUAUACACCUAAUCAUGGUAGUAAACAACGACGAUGAUGAUGAUGAUUAUAUGUUUUAUUAAUAAAGCACAAUAAGAAUUCAAUUCAUAAUUGUGUAAUAAUUAACA